AUGGAGCGCCCCGCCCUCCACGCUGACGUCGGUGCUGCCGUUGUCCUCGUGCAGCUCCCUCGGUGUGGUGUUCCUGCAAGUGCUGCCGGGUGCGCUGGACGCGGACAUGCUCGCUCCAGGCCCCCCAGGCACGUGUCCCAUGGCGUCGGCGUCGACGCUACCACCACCCACGACCAUCCUCACAAGGCCCGUUGGCUGCGCACGUCUUCAGCUGGGCGCCUCGAGCUCUUGCAGAUCGGAGGCGAUGGCUGCUCCAAGCCGCUUGCGCAUCUCGAACAUGUCCGCGCGCCAGCGCUCACCCUCUGGGAACGCGGACCUCCGCCGCCGAGGAGCACAGCGCCGCCGCCCGGCGGCGCGGUGGCGGACAGCUCGUGCAGCAGCUCCAGCGUGGCCUCGCCGGCCAGCUGCUCCGACCCCCGGUGA